CGCCGGGCGAAGGGGAGGAAAAAAACGACUGAAGGGAGUUACCUCAGCGCUCUCCGAGAUAUGAGAUCGGGCCAUUUUCCAGUCGGUCCCGUUUACUAUUAAAGAAGAAAACACGUAAAUCAGUGUGUAAAGAAAGAGAGAAGCAGAGACACCCUUGGAGAGGUCGCGCAGAAGAGAGCACACAGCGCCUUUCUGCAGGGGAUCAUUAGGAAUCUGCGCGCACUGUAUCUCCCCCCGUGCGCACGCGCGCGCGUGUGUGUGUUUACAAGUGUUUGAACGAGUGCCACAAACGAGGUAAGAAGGAGGAUCAAGCCAAGGAAGGAGGGAUGGUGGACAAUUCAGGCAGUAGUAAGGCGCAAAUGCCCAGCAUGUCUCAGGAGCCUGGUGUGGCCUUUCCUCAGAGCACCUCUACAGGGGGGAUGAAGCUGGAGGCUGUAAUGGAGCAGCUCCAGCGCCAGCAGCAGGCCCGACUGGAAAUGGAGCGCAAGGAGAGGAAGCUGCGAGAGGCCCACAUCAUGUAUGCUCAGCAGGUUGCUGCCCAGCAGGCCAUCCUGGCAGCUGCCCGGGCUUCUGGGGCCAGCUUCAUGGGCAAAGGCCUGGCUGGAGUGGUCCCUGGUGGCGGGUUGCCUCUCCGGGUGUCCAAUCAGAGCAGUGUGGACUCUGAAAGGGAGGAUGACGAGGACAGAGGCCGGGAUUCUGGGGAUGAGGACGAUGACAAUGAGAUGAUGGAGGGGGACGAGGGCAGUGAUGAGGAUGAGAGAAGUGCCAGCGGUCUGGAGUUCCUCCGCAAGCAGACCCUGGCUUUGCAGCAAAGCGCCUCCCGCAUCCCGGCCCGUCCUUUUGGUAGUUACUCUGCUUCGGCACCUCAUAGGUCUGCAUCCCCACCUAUCAGAGUGAAGCAGGAACCUGAUGAGGGCCUGUCUCCUGCGGGGCCCCACUCUGCUACCUCUCCUAACGGACAGGCAGACUGGGGCUUUGAUGAUCAUUUCAGACAGAAUGGGAGUGCCGGCUGGGCAGAUGAGGCCGACAGUAGCAGAGGAAGAGGAGAGGCGUCCAGAGACUUUGCUAAGGCAGCACAGGGAGACAGGGAGAGGCAGGGAGAAAGCAGUGGCCAGACAGGGACUUCUGGAGAUACAAAUGAUCAGCUGUAUGAACUGGACUCUGACCCCAAAAGGAAGGAGUUUUUGGAUGACCUCUUCACAUUCAUGCAGAAGAGAGGAACCCCAGUCAAUCGCAUCCCCAUCAUGGCCAAGCAGGUCCUGGAUUUGUACAUGUUAUACAAGCUGGUGACAGAGAAGGGAGGCUUGGUGGAGGUUAUCAACAAGAAGAUCUGGAGAGAAAUCACAAAGGGACUCAACCUGCCAACCUCCAUCACCAGUGCAGCUUUCACCCUGCGCACACAGUAUAUGAAAUACCUGUACCCGUAUGAGUGCGAGAGGAAAGGCCUCAGCUCCCCGGGUGAGCUCCAGGCUGCCAUCGACAGUAACCGGCGCGAGGGUCGUCGUCCGAGCUACAGCAGCAGCCUCUUCCGCUUCUCUCCAUCUCCCAGCACAGCUCCCCACAUCCUCUCACCUCCCAAGAUGCACCUUUCAGUUCUGGGGGCAGGUACCUCAGGGGCCCUCAACGGCCUUCAGGCUUCACCAGGACCCUCUCUGAAGAAAGAAGACCUGACCCCCUCCAUCAUGGCGGCGAGACCCUCCAUGGCGCUGGCCCUGGGUCAGCAGCAGGUUGCAGGUUUGGCAAGAGCCGCCACGUUGGAGCAGCUGAGAGAAAAGCUGGAGACCAGCGGUGGAGGAGAUGGGCCAGAGAGGAAGAUGGCCCGCCUGGCGGAAGAGCAGCAGCGCCUGAUGCAGCAGGCUUUCCAACAUAACCUGCUGGCCAUGGCUUCCCAAAUGCCCAUGAACCUGCGCAUCGGAGCCCCCACCAUUACCACCAGAGAUGAGAAGCAGCAGGACAUGUCUCUGAGCAUCUCAACCAAUGGAAAUGCCAGCAUCACUGUCUCAGUGGAGGUCAAUGGCACAAUCUACUCAGGAACUCUGUUUGCCCAGAAGUCUGGAGGGGCCCCUGGGCCUGCUGUGUCGGCAGCUGCUGCUUCAGCCUCCCCUGCUGGAACCAGCACUAGCUUUGGCUUCUCUGCACCCCUGGCUCAGACCCUCAGCCCCUCGUCCUCCUCCUCCUCCAAGGGUCCCAGCUCGGCUGAGCCGGCCCCCAGCGGGUCACCCUAACUCAGGCUGCCCUUUGUACCUGCUCCCCAGGCCUCUCUUCCACCGGGAGGCCCAGCAAGAAUAUACAGUACAAUGAGAAACCGAUAAGAAUAACAGACUGUUGCACAACAAAUACCUCAUCAACCCUGUCAACCUCUUGGCUGUCCAAUCAUGAACACAGAGCCCAAGAUUAUUAUAUGACAACACGUGCCCUAACGCACAGCUAUGCAGUGUAUUCAACAUACAAACACGCACUACACUACAAACACACACAACAACAACAUAUACAGACACACACUCUACACAUAAACACACUUGUUAAUCCAAAUGUACAUGCUAAACACAAUCAGCUCAGCCAAAACCCACUGACAGGUGUAGUCACAACUGAACUUGAAAAGUUUUAUCUUACGACAUUUUGUUUGUUUGUUGCCAUUUUGUUGUCUUUUUGAUUUUGUGUUUUAGAAUGAUUUUUUUCUCUCUCUCUUUUUACAUACCUCAAAUCAAGUAACCUGCAGUGGUGUCUUUACCUCAGGAGCUGUAGUAUAUUUAACCCGAAUCAAACUUUAUUUUUGUAUUCUUUUUGACCUAGUUGCAAUCAGGGGAAGUCGGGUAACUCCCACCAGUGGAAACUCAUGUGUAGAGCACCCACCUCACAUUGACGAGCCUCCAACCCGGGCCGCUCAGGUUUCUUUAACACACUGUAGCCUCUUGCUGAACUGAAACUGGUGAACAAUCAGAUGCUGUAGAUCAGCACAUCAAAUACCUGAUUUCACACAUAACUCUGUCCUCAGUUCAGAUCACGUUAAGUCCAUUAUAAUAGUUGGAGGGUUAAUGAUAUAUACAAACCAAACUGUAAACUCUCACUAGCAAUGCACAGGAUUUUUACGCCCACCUAAAAUUCAACUUAUUGCAGUCAGCUGUCUUCAAGCACGUAGCACACAAAGUUGGGGGAACAGCAACUCUAAUCCACCCACAGCAGGCCGAGCAGACCCUGAGCUCCUUUCUCCAGCCGGCCCCUGUCUGUCUGUGUUACAGAGAGGCCGCACAGCAUCAGGUUUGAGUUUGGUGUCCCCCAUUUUGUUUGUGCAUCCUCCCUCCAGCUGCAGCAACAGAGCUGAAUGUCAUUUUGACGGCGUCAUCGUUAAUAGCGUAGACCUCACAGUGGCCUCUCUGCUCUGGAGGGCGUCUCUCUCUCGCUCUCUCUCUCUCAGGAAGGAAAGUGACAACUGCAAGGAAUCACUGUUAAUUUAAAGACGAGGGGAACAAACGGAUUCUUUACUGAAGAAUGCACAAGUCUACGCGACUGUUCAAGAAUACCUCAUCAGACACUCGAAAAGAGAGCCACACUACAUACCUCAUACGGCCGCAAAGCCAUGGAGACUUGACGCCCCAACCCGGGAUGGAAGUCCUACCUGAACUGACACUGAACGUGAACGUGCCGACACACUGCUGCUGCUGCUGGUUUUUGGGGACAAACAGAACUGGGGUGGUAAACAUCUAGCUCCUCCUGUAUUUACUUGUAGAACUUGUUUUAUGCUUGCUUGCUUUUUUCUCUUUUCUUUUCUUUUGUUCCUCAAGUUGUUGUCUGAGAAGAAUGAUAUAUAUCUGCAUUGUUUGUUUUUUUUCAGGGAAGAGGAAAAGAAUAGUCGGUUCCUCACUGGCACGUGUAGAUCUGUAGGAUUGUUAGCCGAUUUCAAGGUUGCAGGAGUGCAAAAAAAACAUGGAAAAACAAACCAUGUUACAUUUGACUGCCAACACCUUAAUCACAGUUAACACGUCUUCUUUCAUGAAAGCGGCGAAAUGAUAUGCAUGUGUACAAUCAUGUGACCAGUGUUUUGACACCCUGAUCUUCUGGUUCACGCUAGCCUCUGGUUUAUUGCACAGCUAGAUACCAAAGAUUAGCCAGGUCGCUCCUCUUGAUUGGUCCCUCGUACAAUCCUGCUGCACUGCACAGCAAAGGCAGUUCAAGGUCUAUUUUGGACUCUGAAUUUGAGGUUUUUUUUGUUUUUUUCCUAAGCAAGUGAAAACAUCUUUAGGUGAGGUAAAUUCCCUUGUUUCACGGCAUGACUUGAUUAGUGGAAAUGAAAAAUAUGUCCAUUUAAAACUGGAUGCAAGUAUCAAAAUCUGACUACAUAACAUGUAACAAUGGGACAUUUUUGUUAGCAGAUAUUUAGGUGUUGUUAUCCAGAACAGUAUCCCAGAUGCUGGGGCUUUCCUGAGCUGUCUCCCUAAUUUAAUCUUUUACAUUUAAUUGGCUCUUGGGGCUGGUUUUCAACACAACAGUGUUGACAGAGCUCCACAAGUCUGGCCUCUGUAUGAAAACACCCACUUCUUAAUAAUCCAGAAACGCCUGCAUUGUAUGUUUUUUUUUCUCCCUUUAAUGUAAAAUGUUAGCAUUUUGGAAUACCAUAACAGAUGAAAAUGAAUUUUCUAUCUUUAUCUGUGUUAAAUGUGAGGCAUUUGAACAGUUUAGAAACCUCUCCAAGCCCAGUGUGAUCUGAGGUGGGCAGCCUUGUUGCUUUAUUAGACUUGAGCCAUUACGUGUCAGGUUUUGCAGACGUUUUGCAGUGAACAUCACAGCUGAAGCUUUGAGGACUUUGAGGACGGUGCCAUAAGUCCUUUUGGUGUACCUUCCACAACCCUGUAUGACACAUAACUGUAUUUUAUAAAGGUGAGAAUUGUAGAUGCUGCCUUAAAGUAGUUGCUGGUGAGAUCCAGCCAGUGCAGGUUUUACUCCUCAACUGGCUGGGAAGAUUUCUCUCUCUUAAAGUUUAAUCCUUUGGAGAGUAAUCACUUUUUAUUUUGGUAAGCAAUUCAAUCAGACGUUAGACACCAGUCGUCAUUCAUGCUGUUGCAUUGACAGCUGAGAUUUGCUAUUUAUUUGUGGAAUUUUAUUUUAUUUUUUCCUGGUGGACCUUGUUUUUAGUAAGUUGAGCUUAAUCAUUUAGGCUGUGCUACUAAAACAUUUUUUUGUUUCUAAGUCCAAGCUUUCUGUGUCAUCUGCUUAGUCUAAGCAAUGACUGUUUUGAUAGUGUAGCUUCACUGCCUGUGUGUGUGUGUGUGUGUGUGUGUGUGUGUGUUUGUGUGUGUGUGUGUGUGAGACAGAGAGAGAUUUAAAAAAAAAAGCGGGUUCAGUAUAUACAGCAUGUGGUUGCAGUUCUACGAUGUGAACCACACCUGUGGAGUACCACACUUACAUACACUUGGAAUAACAUUUAGGAAACUGCAGGUGCCGGUACGUCUAUUAUAUCACAGAAGGAGGAGCUCGCUCAAGAUGACACAAAUUCAGUUUCAGUUCAAGUUUUGAUGACACUUUCAAAAGUCUUUACAUAAAGGAUUAAGCACUCUCCAGCAUUAGCCUCUCAUUUUGUUUAUUACUCCCAGUCUUCUGCUGUUGAAGGGCACUUUGCUGAUCAUUGUGUGGAAGCGGAAAGUUUGGAGGGUUGGUCAUUCACUUGUCUCUGACCCUCAGGUCACCUCACUGACCUCCAGGCCCCUGCCACCUGACAUGCUGCGUGGAUGAGUAUAUAUGAUGUGUUGUACCUGUAAGUCUGUGUGUGUUAGAGACCGCCCCUACCUCGUCAUACCACAAUACCUCAGGGCAGUGGGCUGCAGUCACUGUUGCGUUUGAUGUUGAAGCUGCAUUGAGGGACGAGUACUGGCGGAAGCUGUGGUCACUUUGCUGAAUGCUACUUUGGUUUUGGUGUUGCAUUUUUGUAUUUUUGUCGUCAGUAACUGCAGGCAAGGUCUCGUCACUCAGGAAGCUGUGAAGUUGGAUGUCUGUAGAACCUUUUGUCUCAGAUGAUUUUGGAGUUGAUUCAGUUGUUUAAAUUGUUUUAAAAACUAACCUGAUCUGUGUAAAAACAGGCGCAUAUGCAAGUGGUUAUCGAAUACCUCAUUUAUCAAUUUUAUGUUUUUGGCUUGUACAAUGCUCCGUAUAUUAAUUCAACUGUGGGGUUUGUGCAUAUUUUUGUACUGUUAUUAUUAUGGACAUGAUAAUAAUGAUAUUACUGAUAUUAUAGUUUUCUCUUUGAUUAAAGCAAACAAAAAAAAAAAGGACAAAACACAUGAAUGCUUGUAAAAACUGGUUUGUGCUGAUUGUAUUUAAGAGGAGCACUUUUCCAAAGUGGUUUUCACAUUCAGUUUUGUUCAUAUUAGUAAUAUAAAGAUAUGGUUCUCAGGGCUUUAAACUUGUAUGUCAUGAUAAAGUUUUACUUUAUAUCUUA